AUGUGUGAUACAAAUCCCUCAAACGCUUCAGGAGCGAACACUCCCGCCAUUCUCAUCGGCAUCUACGGAUUACCUGGAUCUGGAAAGACCACGAUGAUCAACGACUUGAAGCAACAGCUCGACGAUACCAAGUAUGUAUUCUAUGAAGGCUCUGAAGUGAUUGACCGGGUUUUUCCCGGUGGCUUGAUAGCCUUCCAGCAAUCAUCAGAAAAGGAAAAAGAAAGACAUCGCGAAAUCGCAAUCAACACUAUCCAUCGCGAAUGCACUCAAAGCGGGAAAACGGGCAUUUUGGCCGGCCAUUUCAUGUUCUGGGACAACCAGAAUGAGGAACCCAAAACCGUUAUGACUGAAGGAGACCUCAAAGCCUUUUCGCACAUCCUCUACUUGGAUGUGCCCACCGGCGAGAUUUCACGGCGUCGUUCUUGCGACAGUGCCAGAAGACGCGAAGAUCUGCCAAUUGCACACUUGGAAAAAUGGAAGAAGCAAGAAAAGGAAGGCUUGCAACUGCGUUGUCGCCGUCACAAUAUUUUAUUCAUGCGUCUUCCUCCCCACAUACAAUUACCGACAGUUGCAGCACUGAUUGAAGACUUCCACUCGCACAACGAGCCUUACAACUUUUCCAAAGCCCGGAAAGUGUUGGAUGAAGCCAUCAAUGCUAAUAGCGACCAUCUGGAGACCAUUCUUGUUUUAGAUGCGGACCGUACGCUGUCAGCAAAAGACACGGCCGCGUUGUUUUGGGACAAGGCCCUCAGCUCCCAGAGCAUAGCUAUGGAUGAAAACCCUCUUAAGAAGCUCUUUGAUGCAUUGAGGUAUUCCUACACUGCGUUUCGUCAAGCGACUUUACUGUAUGAAGAAGCGGUAAAUGAGGAAACCUUCCAUGCGCUAUGUCAGGAUGUCGCAUCGGAGACAUCAAUUUAUGCGGAGUUUGCAGCGCUACUCCGUCUUGUCGCCCAGCAAAAUCGCGUUGGCGCAAUAGUCAUCACCAGCGGACUGCGCAGUAUCUGGGAAAAGGUGAUAGAAAAAGUGGGCUUGCCUGAGCAGGUCAAGGUGAUCGGUGGUGGUCGUGUCAAAGAUGGAUACGUGGUUACGCCUGCUGUUAAACAUGAUUUGGUCACGCGGUUACAGGACAAGCAUGGGCUGUGUGUGUGGGCGUUUGGAGACAGCCCUAUCGAUUUGCCGAUGCUACGCAAAGCGGACAGGGCUAUCGUCGUCGUCGGUUACAAACACGAGAGAAGCAAAUCCAUGGAGGAGCCCUUGAACAGCGCCAUUAACAUCGAGGGCCUUAGAGCACAGCAAGCCCUACUACCUAGUAGUGUCGAGCCACGUUUGGACUUACUUCAGCUUCCCAGCGUCGAUCUGACCCAGGAAGUGUUCCUCAACUCUUUGUUCACGCGGUACAGCCGACCUGACCUGGAAUUCUGUCAUGCCACAGAGAAGAAUGCGGCCAAGAUGCUCAUGGCGCAAAUGCGGGAUGCGAGGAACAAAGGACCACAGCUGAGAACAGUCCAUCAGCGUGUUGGUGCGUAUUUGGCGACAGAGUAUCUGACCGAGGUAAUUGGCCUUGAAAAGUACACCAUCCAGCAUGUCCAAGGCUACCCGACUGAUGGCCACCGGCUGCUUGAUGAGUCUCGGACGUUGAUCGUGGCACUGAUGCGUGGCGGAGAGCCCAUGGCGCUUGGCAUCAACGAUGUGUUUCCCCUCGCCAUGUUUCUUCAUGCUCGGAUUAGCGAAGAUAUCAAGGAACAUCAUUUGGAAGGCAUUGUGAAUGUUAUUCUUGUUGAUUCGGUGGUGAAUACCGGCAAGUCGGUGCUAGAAUUUGUCGAGCGAAUUCGCCAGCUCCAUGCUACCGUUCGCAUUGUGGUGGUGGCUGGCGUGGUGCAGGCUCAGAGUGUUACAAAAGGCACUGCAUUUUACAAAAAGCUUACCCGUCAUACUGGCUAUCCCAAGUUUCAUAUGGUGGCCCUUCGACUAUCGGAAAACAAAUAUAGUGGUCGGGGAGGAACUGACACCGGGAACCGCUUGUUUAACACGACGCAACUGGAGUGA